AUGGUUGUGGCUAGGCCUACAGUAGGAAAAAUGGGCGAAUAUGAGGCCGAACAAGCGCGAUUACUCAAACUUUUUGAUGAAUGUACGAGCGAUGAUGAAAUACCAUCAGAAGAAGAAUAUCAUUCAGAUGAAGAAUUGACUCAAAUACGAAGUGAUUCUGAACCAGAUAGUGAGCAUGAAGUUAUGAAUGAAUCUUCUAGUGACGAGGACUUGACAAGUAGGCAGCUACGAGUGCAAGCAGAAAUACAACUUUCUAGCAAUGAAAGGAUUGGUACUGACAAUGAAGAAAUGCAGACAGAGAUUUUCCAUAGUGUAGAACUGACUGAUGUUGAAUCAGCUUCAUAUCCAGGCUCCUCUGGAAGUAAAGAAAUCAAUUUGCACGUUUUAAAACCAGCACUAUCUUCACCAGUAAAUCUUAAAGAAAAUACUCAUCUGCUGAAUGUAUUAGCUUCUGAAGUAACUUCUGGUGAUAAUUCGAGUUCUGGAUCUAGCAAUUUGUGGGAACCAUCAGAUUCUGAACGUGAACAUGGAAAAGCUGAUUCCGAAGACCCUUAA